UUUCUUAUUUGGGGUAAUGAAAAUGUUUUAAACUUAGUGGUGAUGGUUGCAUAGCCUUGUGAAUAUGCUCAAAACCACUGGAUUGUACACUAAAUGGGUGAAUUUCAUAGUAUAUAAAUUUGAUCUCAAUUUAAAACACAGCAGGUAAGUAAUGGUGAAGAUAGACCAAAAAAAAAAAAAUGCAAUAUACAGAAAACAGAAUUUCCUGAAGAAAAAAAUACUCAAAUUUAUAACUUAUUAAAAAUUCCCUGAAAUAAUAAAGACACGAAGCUACAUGUUGAAAAAGCACAUCACUGCCAGGUGUGGGGGUGCACACCUGAAAUCCCAAUGACUCCGGAGGCUGAGGCAGGAGGAUCACAAGGUCAAGAUUACAGCCUCAACAACUUGGUGAGACCCAAUCACCAAGAAAAAGAAAUAAAAAGGGCUGGGGAUGUUGUUCUGUGGUAGAAGACCCCUGGAUUUGAUCCCCAGUGAUGCAAAAAAUAAAAUAAAAAUUUAAAAAAGUAGAAUUUUUUUUUUAAAUUAAAAGAAAUAUAGAGAGGUGAGUCUCUAAACCCAAGCAGCUCUUAGACUAAUGGGAAUAAUAAAACUCAAUGACUGAUUUUUUUUUUUUCCUUUUCUUUCCUUUUUCUUUUUGUACUGGAAAUUGAACCUGGGGUGCUCUACUACUGAGCUAUAAUCCCCAGUCCUUUUUUAUUUUGAGACAGGGUCUCCCUAAGUUGCUGAAGGCCUACUAAAUUGCUAAGUCUGGCCUUGACCUUGUGAUCUUCUUGCCUCAGCCUCCAGAGUUGCUGGGAUUGCAAUGAGCACUUGAAUAAAUGACUAAUUAAAUAAUAGAGUUCUGGUAGGAAUAUGAGUCCAGUGCUUGCAGUUCAACAUAAUACUGAAGAAAGCUGAGAAAUUCAGCACCAAAAAAUAGGGCUUUGAAGGAUGAAUAGGAGCUGGCUGUCAUUCGUUGCAAACUGCACGGAGCCUGUAAGUGAGCACAAAUGGAAACUAGCUCUUUAAGAAGCCAGCCCAUGGGGCGGUCUGGUUACUGGUUAAUCCUACCUGGCUCAUGGUGGAUCAGGUUACUGUUGUGGAAAAGAAGUCUCCAGAGACCUCGCCUGCUAGCCCAGAAGGUGAAAGCUAUGUACUGCCCAGAAGCCGGGAAGCCUUUAAUUAAAUUCACCCACUGUAAGAAAUCCAUCUACAGCUUCAGUGUGCCCCGACACUGUCCUCUCUGUCAGCAGGAAGUGGGCUCCGGGAAACUGGAGGAAGCACCUGUUAGCAUCUCUAAUCCAUUCACUGAUGGGCAUCAAGAAAAAUGCUCCUUCCUGCUGCGACCAACUCAGGGGACAUUUCUCAGGGAGUAUGAUGGCAAGUCUGAUCUCCAUGUUGGAAUCACUAACACAAAUGGGGUCGUGUAUAAUUACAACCAACGCGGUGUCCGGCGAGACCAGGCGGGAUGGGAGCAGAGUCUAAGUGUCCCGUUAGUGCAGCCCAACAUGUUUGGACUGAGAGACCAGUGGAACAGGUACUUGGAAGACUUCUCAGCCAUGGGAGCCUGGCUGCCACACAGGUAUGACGAAGACCACCACAACUGCUACAGCUACACCCUCUCAUUCAUCAACUGCAUUCUGACCACAGAAGGCAAAGAGCAACUGGACAAGAAUGAAUUCACGGAGAAAUAUGUGAUCCCAAGGACACGGUUGGCCUCCAAGUACAUCACCCUCUACCGGGCAAUAGAAAAGCAUGGUUUCUACGCAGUUGACCAUCCUGACCAAGGAACAAGCCCUCCUUCUGAGGUGGUUUGUGCUGAGGGCUAUGUGUGAGGGUGGAGGGGACAGGACAUUCAGGGGUCACUGUCUUUAAUUGGUCCUGAGGAUUUCCAAAUGCAUCUAAUUAGAGUUAAUAAAAAGAUGUGUGGUUUUCUUUAA